GGGGUGGCCCCGGCACUCCCAACUCCCGCGCGCUCCCGGAGGGUCUGGCGGAGCCGGCCCGUCCCCUCCAGGGCUCGGCACCCCCGCUGCAGUCCCCGUCCACCGGCGUACUCCUGCAGGGGACGCUCGGGCUGGGCCCCUCAUGUUGGUGGCCGCGCGCGUCCGCCCCUCGCACCGCGCGGUAGAAGAGCGAGCGCGGCGGCGGCGACGAGCCGGACGGGGCGCGCCUGUUCAGGGCGCUAGAACAACAACGCGGCACCCAAGAUUCGGUGGAAUACGGUAGUCUCUGCGGGCGACGGCGGCCCCGCCCACUGGCGCCUAGCGUAGGCGCCCCGCCCGCUCGCGCAGGCGCAGAGCCGCCGGCGCACCCCUGCCGCUCCCGGACACGCGCUCAUCCCGCGCUCACCCCGCGCUCACCCCGCGCUCACCCCGCGAUGGCGGACUCCGACCUGCAGCUGGUGGCGCGGCGCAUCCGCAGCUUCCCGGACUUCCCCGUGCCCGGCGUGCUGUUCAGGGAUAUCUCGCCCGUCCUGAAGGACCCCGACUCCUUCCGCGCGUCCAUCCGCCUCCUGACGAAUCACCUGAAAGAGACCCACGGCGGCAAGAUCGACUACAUCGUGGGCCUAGACUCCCGAGGCUUUCUGUUCGGCCCCUCCCUGGCCCAGGAGCUUGGCUUGGGCUGCGUGCUCAUCCGAAAGCGAGGGAAGCUGCCUGGCCCCACGGUGUCCGCCUCAUACACGUUGGAAUAUGGGAAGGCUGAGCUGGAAAUCCAGAGAGACGCCUUGGAGCCAGGGCAGAAGGUGGUCGUCGUGGACGAUCUGCUGGCCACUGGGGGAACCAUGCAUGCGGCCUGUGAACUGCUGGGCCGGCUGCGGGUGGAGGUGCUGGAGUGCGUGAGCCUGGUGGAGCUGACCUCGCUGAAGGGCAGGGAGAAGCUGGGGGCCGUGCCGGUCUUCUCUCUUCUGCAGUACGACUGACCCACCCUCCCCCCUCUGGCCGAGAGGAGUUCCUGCCUCCUGGCUGGCCGAUGGCCGCCAGGGGGCACUGGCCACCCGUUUGGACUUUUUUUUUUUAACUUUUUUGCAGUUGCCUUUUUCUACCGCCUGGGGCCCUUCCUGCAGGUUCUGGAGGUGCCGAAGCCUGGAGCCGGUAGCUCAGGCCGGAGCCCCGGCCACUGCAGGGCCACCUACAAACACUGAAAAGAGGUGAAUAAAGUGCUUUGCUAGA